AUGUCCUCCUAUCAAGGCUCCGGCGCCAACAGCCCCGCCGUUGGUCACGGUCCGAACAGCCAAUAUUCGCACCCUGUUAUCGGCACAUCCUUGACCGCUCCUGCUUCGCCUUCAGGUGCAUACACUGCCUCGGCGCUUGCCUAUGCCAACGCUCAGCUUUCCCAGUACGCUGCUACCGGCGGUACCGCCGCUAUCCCUGCUCACCUCAACCCGCACGCGCUCAGCUCUGCGCUCUCGGAUUAUUCGAUCAGUCUGCCCAACUCGGCCGCGUCAUCGCCUGGCGCAACUCCACGUCGCCUUCCUGGCACCGGUACAACCACGCCGGGGGGUAACUCACGUGUAGCUGCAAGUGCUAUAACUGGAAAACGACUCAAUUGGAGCGAAAUGAUCUGUCAGACCAUCGCCGAAAGCGAAAGUGGUCGUUUGGUCAUCCAGGAUCUCUUCGAGGGCAUGUGCUCCAAGUUCCCCGAGAUUCGCGAGUGGGCCUUCGGCAAAGAUUGGGAGGCUCGUGUCAAGAAUCGCAUCAAGUCGACACUUUCCAUCAAGGGCAACCUGUUUGUCAAGGUCCCCAGACCCAGCAGCGCUGCCGGAAAGGGUAGUUGGUGGACACUCAGUCCCGAAGCACAAGAAGCUUGGAAGACCGGUCGCGUGGCCAACGUGGUCAAAAACAACGCUCACAGCCGCGCAGGCAGCGCCGGUCCCAGUAGCAUUCACGGCUCUCCCGUCCGCACCGUCAGCUCCAAGUUUGGCACAACGUCUCACACCACGAACCCCCCUUACCUGAUCCAGGGCUCACAUGCGCAUCAGAAUCACAGUCAGAGAACAUCACCGCUGGGCCUUGGCCUCAACCAGGCUAACAACAACUUUGGCAGUCCACUCGCCAACAACUUUAACUUUGCCGAUUCGCUCUCCCUGGGCGCAGCAUCUCAGAACAGCGCCUUGUCAAGUAGCCUUGGCCUUGGCGGAGACGAUACGGGGUUGGGCUUGGGCGGCCAGCAGCCAUUGGCUCCAUCCAUGCAAGAUCAGGCACAGAACGCUCAGGCGACUAUGGCCACCCGCAACUUUGCCAACCUCGCGUUUAUGCAGAACAACGCGCCUCAGCCUCUUGGAACCGCACAGAGCGUACCGCAUCUGGGCGGGCCGCAGUCGAUGCCGUUCCCAGCGCAGGGGCACGACUUGUCCGCUGCCAAUUUGGCUCAGUUUGCCAACUUUGGCAACGAGGAUUACGCUGCGCUUUUUGCUGGCAUUUCAGGCUUUGACGCCAACGCGUUUGCUGCUGCAAACAACAACAAUAAUACACAUAACAACAACGGCCAGGUCAAUUCGAGCAUGGGCACUUAUCAGAUGGAGCAGAACAACCAUCCGUUCGGUGGCAGCAUUCCUGGCGCCUACACACUACUGCAAAAUCAGCAGCAGCAGCAGCAACAGCAGCAACAACAACAACAACAACAACAACAACAACAACAACAACAACAACAACAACAACAACAACAACAACAACAACAACAACAACAACAGCAACAACAGCAGCAACAGCAGCAACAACAGCAACAACGACAGCAACAGCAACAGCAACAGCAAGGUCAAGCGAACAAUAAUGCAUAUUCCAGCUUUGGCAACCACAUCUACACAAGCCUUCAGCAAGGAACCCAGCAAAUGCCAGGGCAAGCGCAGCGCAACCUCAACCAAAACCAGAACCAGAACCAGAACCAGAAUGCAAAUGCGAAUACGAAUGCAAAUGCCAAUCAGCCGCCUGUAUCGCAAGCGUCGCAGCAAGGUCAGCCAGGAGCGCAACAAGGUCAGCAGCAGAUGCUGCAACAGCAAGCGCGAUCACAGCCAGGGCAGCAGUCUCAGCCGCAGAGUAGUUCGAACAACGGCAACAGUAUGAGUGGUAUGACGCCUAGCUAUAAUGGUAACUUUGCUGGCUCGAGUCCGUUUGCGUCGGGGAAUGCACUUGAAGGGCCGUCGCCUGCGGACUCGACGUGGUUUUCAUUCACCCCACUUGUCCAGCCAAACGACAGUGCGGACACUAGCAACACAUCCGCUCUAGGCACGUUGGGCGGCGAGGGCUCGCGCAAACGUCCAACCUCAGAGGCUCUGCGCGACCUCACCGACUUCCAACUCCCACCCCCCCAGUCCGGCUCCUAG